CGAGCCCAAACAUAGCUAGCAUGCUACAAUAUCGGACAGAGAAAAACAACCAAAAAGUACAGAAAAUUGUCUGAAUCCUCCUUUAGCCACGACUGCCAACACAAGCAAGAAAACGAAGUCAAUACCGGAAACUCUGGCGGAAUAAUGGAGGUUUAAAAUUGAGGUAGACCACCUGGACAAGUGCUAAAAAGCCGGGUCAACAAUGAAAGGGGACGCUUCAGGAUUUUACGGACCCUGUAACCUUUCUGCUGGACAGGUAAACCACUUUAACAAAGUAAGCCAAGUGUCUGUAACAGAAGUGUUUCUUGUCAAACAGGACCUGCUGCGUGUUGUAGCGCCGCUAAACUGAGGGGAAAACUGGCCGGGAGGGGUAGUGGUUGCUCAGGUAUGGUGGCCGAGAACUGCCACUGCUGCAAAUUAAAAAAGAAUGCAAAAAAAAGAAGCCACAGCAGAAGUUAAUGAUGCAAAAACAAUGGCAAUGCAGAAAAAAAGUCACCUACUGCGAAAAUAAAAGGAUUAAAAUUUUAAAAAAGCCCCAACAGCAGUGAGCUGCCAGGAACCAAUAAUGAUAAUGCACCGGUGUUUUGUCCCGAGUCGAUAUGAAGUUGAACUGGAGGAUGCUGGUGUAGUGUUAGCUUCAGUUAAACUUCAUAUCGACUCAGGCGCUACAUGGCCUAACCAAAUGCAUCCUUUUAUUUUCGCAGUAAUUUUUUUGCACUUUGUGUUUCAGUGAGUGAGAAUGUGUUUGCAAGUUGUGUCUAACCAGGUGAAAAGUGCUUAUGGUUUUGACAAAAGAGUGACUGAUUCAAUAAACGGGUUCAAGUUGCUGAGUAUUUGGUUCAGACAGUAAGGUUUAUGUUUUAGCUUUUGAGAAAUACUGUAAUAUAACAGGGUCUUGGCCUGCUCUCUUUGUAAAACAACACAAGAUAAUGUGUUGCUAUUUGGCGUUAUAAAUCAGACUGACUGAUCGACUGGAGUCCUUGAGGGACAAGGCCAAGCCAAGUUUAAAGUGACAUUUGUUUACAACCAAGAGCAACUGGAGACCAAAUUUGAAACUUCCUAUCUCUGCUAGACUCUUCUGCAACAUUAUAAGACAUGUGCACCAGCAACACUCUUGGUCAGAAGUUCAGAACUGUUAUUCUGUUCUUUGUACUGUGCAACCUACACAGUAAACUUUAGCACAUCCUCAAGGCUACAAAUUCAACUACACGUACCUGAACAAAACAUAGAUCUCCUCUUUAUACACCAGACAGACAGAUAGUACAUCUUUUAAUAAAAUACUUUUUUUCCCACUACUACUACUACUUGUCUCAUUAAGUUGACUAAAUGUUAAAGUGCUUAGGUUCACUCUGUUUAUUUUUCAAUUCUGUUUCUAUAUUUGCCUUGCUGUGAUUUACUGGAAGAACAGAGGCAAACUUCCUUUAUUUAAAAAUUAACUUGGCUAGACUGUGAUUUUUGUUUUUGUUUAGCUGGUUCUGUACUAAGUCCAUAAAAAACACUCAGUUCUAGUAUGCCCGAUAUUACUUACCAAGUUCUAGGAAAAACAGGCAACCCUGAUUUUAUUUGUUUAAAAAAAUAAAGACUACUUCAGCUGAACCAACAACUUAGCGCUUAACUAAUUCAUAUUUUAUUGUAUUGCUUAAGCAAUUAUACAAUGUAUAAAUAUGCUGUCUUACACCCGACCCGAAGACGGCCCGGUGGGGCUGACAACAAAUAACACAUUGACCCAUUAGAAUAACAGAAAACACUAUCAAAAGUUAACCAAGGAUUUAUUAUAACAAAAGACAAAGAAUUACCCAAGAUCAACUAAAGAACAAAUUAACACAACAACUAAAAAUGAAGAACCAACAACACAAAAAUCAGAGGCAGCAGUUCCCCAUCAAAUGCCUCUCCCUACUGCAGGCAGCUCUUGGCCUUCAAACCUUCCAGAGCAGGUGAAGAUGAUUGGCGACUUAUCAUAAUAUCAGUGACUUCACCUGGGCAGAUCUAGAGAAAGGUAAAAGGGGGAAAAACACACACAAACAUACAGUCGUAACAGCAGACAAAACCUAUUUUAACAGAGAUAAGUGCAGGGCUGAAAUCCCAGAUACUUGUGGAAAACACCAGAAGGCUUUUUGAAGUCUUUCUUCAGGAAUGUCUUCAUUGUUUUUUUCAAAGACAAAUUAAUUUAAGAAAACACUGGCUGACGAACUAAUUUUUUUAGACUGAGCUUUUUUUAAUAUUCAAAACUAGUUUUAAAAAACAAUAAAAUUAUUGGGUGAUAAAAUUUGUCAUCAAUUGCUGUUUCAAACAGCAAUCCAUGCACUGAAAAUCUCUGUCAAGACAUUUCUUGUCUUUGUAAACUUUUAUCUUCUUUUUAAAAAAAAAACUUCCAUUAAUGCAUAUUGCAAAUUUUCAAGUGUUUUGCUAACUGUAGAAAAGAAUUUGUCAUGCUUGAUGGUUACGUAAAAAUUAUAAUACAAAAAAAUAGGAAAAAGGUGCACCCACCCAAAAAAUCCAAAUACUACUAAUGACAGACUUUUAUUUCUUUCGGAUAGUCUGAUUUUGAGUCUGAUCUGAGUCUGAUCUUGACUUUGUUGUAGUCAGGAUUAUACUGUCACCAAUCAUUUUAGAUACAGGAUCUGGAUAUUCCAUGUGGUACUCAAGAUUUCAGAUUAUCCAGCCUCUUCCAUUCUUUAAAAACUGUCAAAUAAGCAGUGUAAAUGAAAAAAAACAUGUACUGACAUGACCACUACACUGUGUGCAAAAUACGGGUGUAGGGAUUGUAAUACUGUACAGAAUUUGUACUUGUCUUCAACAACCCAGGUCCCAUUAGUUUCUCACAAACAACAUUCCACAUAUUACACUGAAAGACAAGAUGUUGCAAACAUUGACUCCACUUAGUACCUCUUUCACUUGUGAGGGACUUGAACACAUUAUUGACAUUCUUACACAUUUCCUUCAUUCAUUUAUGGAAGUUCAUCUGAACUGGAAGAGCUUGGAAGAAGAACAAACUCCCUCCUCCUGCCUCUUUUCUGUCUCCUCUUGGCAAUCUGUAUCCUCCUGCUGAUGACAUCUAGAGGAAACACAAACAAACACAACAUCCUCACCGUCUAUGAUUAUGGUUCUAUCCUUGCCCAACUACUUAAAAGACACUGAGAUACUGGGUACACAUUUAAGGCACAGGUAAGAAGCGAAAGUUACAUGAUUGAAUUGUUUCACUGAAUUAGUCAGCUGGUUAAAACGGCUAUUUUGUGCCUGAACCCUUUAAAAUUCACCCACCUGCCACACUGUCGUAGUCCUGUCUUGGGUCGUGCCAGUAAAGACUUGGUGCUGUCCUCCAGUGACGGUACAGACGUGUGUGCAGCACCGACAGCGUCAGGAGAACCAGCAGGAAGCCAAGUGCUGCUGCUGCCCACAGUGCCUCGUUGUUCCUCAUAGUCCUCAACCCCUUUUCUACAAAAGCAACAUUAGCUUUGCUCCAUGACUCCUCAGUGCAUUCACAGUGUUCACCUUCCUGGCAGCCUUGACAGCUGUGGUGGAUUCGGGCCUGCUGUGGGCUAGGGUACAGUCGUGCAUGUGGAUGGGGCUCUGAUUGAGAUUUGGGAACAGAGUUAAAGUCAGUCUUCUCACUUGUGGAGUUAGGGUGUGUGUCACUGUAAGUUUGCUGCUGUUUCAACUGUCUCUCCUUAACAUCUGCAGCUUCACUUUCCUUUAACUUCUUUGGUCUGACAGAGUCUUUAUGUCUUUGAUUAUGUACAGUGUUUACACUAUCUGCAAGAAUAUCUAAUCUGACAGAAGACUUUGAGCUACUGUGGCCUUCAUUUUCAUGACUGAGCUGCCUCACUAUGUUUAGCCUGGCUUUGUCUGGUUCAGAAUCCCCAGAUGUAAAAGAAUUGGUUUUGGUUGCAGUUUUAGGCGUAUCUGAGAGAGUCUUGUUCUCUAAAAGUGAAUCUGUUGAUGACCCUAGAGUGCCAUUGUCGUCCUUGGAAUACCCUGUCCUUUUCAGUGUUGUGUGUCCUUUGACGUCCUCUUCUAUAUCAUUUAUUUGUUUUCCUCUUGUGGCUUUCUCUUUGAAUUGUUUUAAGCUCCUUUUCUUCACGUGAGACUGUACCCCUGGUUCAAUGGCUCCACUUAGUACAGAGGAGAUGAUCUGCUCACAGCAUUGCCUCAGAGACACCUGGAAAUUUACAAUAACAUGUUUAGAGACAUCAACUGGACUACAAAAAUAACCCAGCUGUGUGUUUUACGGUAAUAAUUUUAGUCUCCAAACCUUUGUUUGUGCUGGAUAUUCCUCUGGAUGAUAAAGUCUCUUUGUUUGUGUCUCAGCUGGCCUGGUUAACAACAGAGUGUAGUUUCCGCUCUUGCUUAGAUCACCAGACUUAUUUCUUGUGGAUGUUGUUGUCUCCAGCCAAUCGCAGACAUCCAAAGUGGCCAUGGUUGAAAGUUCCAGAGUGCGACCCCAGGAUACCAAGACUAGUGGCUAAACACAAAGCAAAAUGUGUGCUCAACAGAGAGGAAAAACCGAAAUUUAAUCAUGCAAUGCUCCGGAAAAAUCCAGGAGAACAAAUUUGAGUAUCUGAAGAGGCUUCAGUAGUGUUGCUUGGUAUUCAGUUACAACCAAAGCGCAGUAACAACAGCAUUCCAAUAAAUCAACAAAAAUAUUAAGGCUGUGUCCGAAAUGGAUCCCUAACCCCUAUAUAGGCGACUAUAUUUUCGGGGUGUCCGAAAUCUGAAUGAUCAAUUCCAGUGCCCCAUAUAGGCGACUCAAAAUUUCCCAUAAAGCAUUGCAAAAUGUAGUGACCAUCCGAUGGUCACUCACUGGUGGUGGACAUCCCGUCAUGCAUUGCGUCAUGCCAUGUAGUGUCCGAAACCUCCAGUGAUAGAGCUCACUACAUAGUCAACUACAGUAAAACCCCAUAUGGGGGAUUGAGCGAUUCAUUUCGGACACAGCGUAAGUCUCUUUCUGACUUCAGCGGGUAAAAAAACAAAAGCAAAGUUUUGGUCUCACUGUGUGGUUUUUGAGCUGUUUAUGUGGAGUAAUGAUGUAGUCAGGCAGACAGGAUCGAGCCAGGGCAGACAGAAGUUUCCGUUCAUGGAGAGGAGCACAGGGGUGGUAGAGCAGAACAACAGCUCCAUGCUGUGAAAAAACAGUUUGAACAAACAUAUGACUAUUAUCUCCACGCCAUUUCUCUCUCCAACAGACAUGUGGGUACAGUGGUCUCCAUAGCCAACACAAAGACGGAGUGUCUCUUUGUCAGUGACAUAAAUUAAAAUGAUAGGUAGUUCAUUUACUACACUUAUCGGACAACCAAUUGUUAGAAAGUUGAAGUGAAGAUAAAGGCAGAUAGAUAUCAAGUUGUUACUUACAUGCAAGUUAUUAAGCCAACGUUGAGGGGGACAAUACAAGUACUCUCCACUCUCUGCCCUUACUGGUCUGAACGCUCCACUGCAACAUACAUACACCGUUCAGAAACGCAUCUUAAAAAGCCUUGUAUUUUAAGAAUAACAGAAAUAUCUAUCACUUUACUGUAGUCUUAAAGAGUACCAAAAAAGAUAACAUUACAUGCUUGUGUGACAAAAACUGUCGAUUGUUAUGCAUGUGUAUAUUUGCUUAUGUUGCCUUACUUCUGUUACUCUAUAAUAAGACUUUAAAAUCAAAGGACAGCAGCUCCCCACCCCACCUCUCUUAGACAGAUGGUCUAAAAGUGGGUCGAAAAAACCUUACCUGUUUGGAAUAAUUUGUUUGUAUGAAAUAGAUUUAUCCAUGCAAAUUUGCCUGGCUGGCUGCAAAAAAAAGAGCAAUGCAUUUAAUUAGAUUUUCAUCAAACCAUGCCUAAAGCACAGUAUUCAAUCAUGUGUUCACAUUACUUUCACUGUACCCAGUACAUUUUAAUGCAUCAGCAAAAACCUCUUGUAGAUUUUUUUCAGUUGAUGGCUUAAUGUACAUUUCUUGUAAAAUUCAGGCUGUCGAGUUUGAAUGUGACUUUAAGGAUUAGCUGAAACAAACAUGCUACAUUUUUGUUUGAGAGUCAAAGGUUAAAGAUAAAAGUGUUUGCAAAGUAUUUACUAACCUCAAGCUCAUACAACGUGUCAAUAACACUGGGAGGUCCCUGAAUAAGAGACAAGAAAACAGAACAAUGGUUAAACAAUGACACACACAGACAAUAUUACCAGGAAAUAUUAAUGCAUAGUUACUUUGUAUUUAAUUAAUUGAACACCAAAAAAAAAAAAAAAUGGCAUUCUGAAAAAGUUUGUGUACCUACACAGUCAGUACUUCAAAAGACCCACUUUCACAGAUUUCACAGCUUGCAAAAGCUUUUUCUAGCCAACUACAAGUCUCUCAAUUCCACUCGAAGAUUUAACCCCAAUUUUUUUAUUAUUGUUUUUUUUUAUGGUGUGUAUUUUGGUUUAACUUAUGAAAUAAAAAGUAACUUUACAUUUGUUUCCACAUAAUUUUUUUUUUCUUCGUAUUUUUGUUCAACUUAUGAAAUAAAAAGUAACUAUACAUUUGUUUGUGGAUAAUCUUUUUUUUUUCUUAUUAUUAUUUUAUUUUAUUCAACUUAUGAAAUAAAAAGAAACUAUAUAUUUGUUUCCAGAUAAUCUUUUUUUUUUUUAAUUUUUUUAUACCAGUUGAUUUGCUUACAAACAUAUCCCUGAUAUCCAGCUGACCGGUGUGAUAGAGAGACUUCACCUGUCUGUAGACCUGCUAUAUUAAGGCUGAUUGAUUAAUUGAUAGAUUAUGAUACAUUAUUUACCAGUAGUAAAUAGACAGUUUAACAGGAUUUACCACAACUGAUUUCUCAUCCUGGUACCAGUUUCAUCAGGUAUGAGUGUACCCCACUUACCUGGACCAGGUAGACUGGGAAAAUAUGAAGCAGGGUUUCAUCAUGUGGUAUUUUUUUGUUUCCAUAGUUACCUGAGUUGGCACUGCAGGCCACAGUGACACCGGACAGUUCCAAUGCACAGUACUAGCAGGUAGGUCCCGUUCCAAAAAUAUCUAUCAUACACAAAAAAAAAAAAAAAAUGAUAAAAUGAGCACAUUUUGAAUUUUGAGUUGAUUUGAGUGGACAAGCAGUAGCAAUAAAAUCAGUGAUAUGGACAUCUUAAAUACACGAUAUAGUCACAAACUUUACCUUUCCGUUGUCACAGAGUGGCCCGGGGUACUCGGAGUCACUGCACUUAACCAACCUGACCCAAAGCAUGACAAGUAGAGUCACUGUCAGCAGUGGGGACAUCGUUUGGUUUAACAUGUCGACAAUCAGUCAGUCUUUUCAGACUGACAGGACCACCAUUAAACUAGUUGUCAUAUCUCCCUUUGACGUUUAACUCCUCGAAGACUGACCAAGAAAUCCUGAAUAGUAUCCAUGGACACUAGCAGCCUCAGUCCUUAAAAAGUUUCACAACAAAGCAGCGGUCCAUGACAUGUUUGUAUCAAAUGUUGACGACCUAGAGUGCCAUGUUUCCGUUCUCUAUCUGUGCUUUGAAGCCGGUUUCAGAUAAAGUAAGUUUAAUUAAACAAUGACUAUAUGGUAUUUUCCCAGCGUCUUCGGCUACUUCUAAACAGAGCUAUCAAGUAGACAUUUUUAUAAGCGUGACUUCCGGGUGGAUUUCAAAAUAAUAUCAUUGUAAGAGACUACGUGUCAUCUUUUGAACGUCAUAGCCCGUUUGCGUUUGUCAUAAACAUUCUCAUUUAUGUAAGAUAUAGCUUAAAACGUGUUUUUAAACCUUUAUAUUUUGUGUAUGAAGUUAUAACUUUACUUCAAUUUUGAGUACAGAGUGUAAUUUCCGGAAAUCUGCGGUAUCCCUGCUAACAAUGGCUAACUUUACUUUGUCGUUAAACUACGGAAUCUUGUAAAGAACAAAACGUCUGUUUUUGACAAGACAGAUACGCUGAAGCUACUGCCUGGAGGGGGGAGAGGAGGGGUCGAAGAGACGCUCCAGAGUGAAUUAUGUUAUUUUUUUAAGUUGUAAUACAAUUCAUAGAUAAUAAGGAAGUACCCACCUCAACUCAGAUCAAUCCACAUUAUUAAAAUAGGGCAUUUGAAAUUAAAGGUGAUAUAACCACUCAAGGUGCGCCAUUUAUCUAAUCGAUUAUAACAUUUUUGCUAACAUCAAUUACCUUUUAACCACAUUAUUUAUAAGCUAUUUCCACCCCUUCAGUAAUGUAUGAAACUCCUGUAGUAAAACAAGCAUUACCUGUUGGGGUAGGUGCUUUAACCUGGCUGAACACGCCUGACAAACUGAUGAUUACAGCCACAACACUGGGUGUAUGGUGUUGUUUCUUUCAAAAUAAAGUAGACUGUUAUAAAUAAAAGUGGUCUACUAUAGUUACAAUAUCACAGGAAAAAAACUUGUUAUUAAUAAAACAAGGGAAGCCAGCACACAAUGAAGUGCUUAUAUUUGCACUAUUGGCACAUGUCCUGCUUGACAGAGAGUUUCAUUUUGAAACUUGUAAUAGGAAGUCUCUUUUAUUUUGGCAAACUUCACACAACAUCUCACUUCCCCACCUUUGGACAAAUGGAAUGCUACACACCUUGACAUAAAAGUUCUGAGGUGGGUCUGUGAGGUUGACUUGUCCCUGGACAGGGGAGGUUGCGACAAAUAUGGAGUCCACCCUCCCUAAAGGUUUGUUGCUUUUUUUGGUCAUGUUUUAGAGAGGUAGGUCUUUUAUUUGAGGAGAGAGGAUUUAAUUGAAGUUUCUUUUAGGUAGGUAGGUUAAUAAUUGUUGCAGGUUCAAAGCUUAAAAUCAACAGUUUUAAGGAUGUUCUUAAAAACUAAAAACUUCUUGUUUUGUGUUUAUAUGUGUGUGUGAGAGAGAAAGACAGACAGAGUGAUUGAGUGUGUGUAUGUGUGUGUUCAAGGGUGUGGCACUUCUCCAAAUGAUAGUAAUGACUCUGUUAGAGAAGUGAAAAGGAAUAUCCAAAAGCUUGAAUUCACAUGCAUUAGUAUUCUGUUUUCCCCAUGUUUAAACGCAGAUGUCUUGCUCAUGUGCUGCCUUUGAGUUUGAGUUUGCUUGAUGCGAUGCAACGACUUAGGAAAACUAGGUUGCAACCUUAGCUGACUGCUCUAACAAUGCUUGUCACUGAUUGAUCUGAAUUCAUGGAUUCUCAUUUUUCAAAAGGAGAUCACAUGAAUUGGUAUCUAUUUGCAGAUGUAACCAUUUGCUAUCCCACUUUCAUUUGGUUGCCUUAGGAGGAGCAGGGGUUCAAGGUGUCCAGGUCCCAGCACCCACCCCUCCUGGUAGUUUGCAGCCUCGAAAUGAGGUUGCAAAGCCCGUUGCAAAGCCUGUGGAAAUAAGCAUAGUGGGGGAUGACAAGAUUGGCAAGCCUGGACAGGAGCCAGAACCACGAAAUGACGAGGUAAGUUGUAGAGAAAUUUGAAAACUGAUUUGAAUAAAAGGUGCACAUCUUACCCGAACACCAAGUAUUCACGGGACCUCAUAUUUUUGUAUCCAUUAAGAACCACUUAAGACCAUUAAUUGUCACUGCACUUCUACUUUUUGUCUUUCACCAGGAGCUGUACUCAUUUGACAGCUCUCCGUCCUCCUCGGACAGUGAGGAUGAGUGUUCCAAAAAGAAAAAGAAGAAGAAGCUGAAGAAGAAAUCGAAGAAGAAGAAAAAGAAGAAGGUUUGUGUCUUAUGUACAUACCCACAAUUAAAUUCUUUAUUAUUUGGCAUAUUAAUCAAGAUGAUCUGUGCAGCAACACAGGUAAAAUCUGAUUGAAUGGGUUGCAUUAGAACAGGUAAACAGUGCACUUAAGUCUACUAAGAAGAAGUCAUUUCACCACACAACAGCCUAAGACAGGUUGCUUUGUUUUCCUCAUUUAUUUGUCCCAGAUUCUGUACAGAAGUAUGCAAGUGCAAUGACAGCUGCAUGUAGUCUCAUUGAUUCAUACUGCAUAGAUCUACAGGCAUUUUUGCAUUGGGUGUCUCACUGCAAAGCUUGAACGGGUGUGUCUAUGUGAUUCAUUGUGUUGUUUUGCUGAAACGGUUCCUAGUGAAGUGUUUUUACUUGUUGCUGAGAGUUUGAGGAGGCCCCUCCUUUUUAUUGCGAGUUACACCGCAUUCUUACGGCGGCGAUACAAAAGACUCUCUCCGGGCUGUUUGUGUAGCCUGUUUUUGUGACUCAUUUCAUUAGAGCCUUUUUUUUAUCCCUUGUCAACAGAAUUUUACAAAUCACUUUCUCUCUUAACAGGAUUCAAGCUCAUCAUCAUCAUCUUCAUCUUCCUCCUCCUCCUCCUCCUCUUCUUCUAGCAGCAGUUCAGAAAGUGACAGUGAGGUAAGUUGUGGGUAUGGCAGAUAUGGUGAAAAUACUGCUGAUAUUUUGUACAAGUUACACAACACUUUAAUCACUUGAAAGAGACAUAAACCUUGACAUAAAGCUUUCAAUAUUUUGUCAGCUGAAGCUGAAGAUUAAUUAGACUGUAGAUAUGAUUGUUUUAUAGAAACACUUACCCUGAGGCACAUGUACGUUAAGUUCUCUGCCACAAGUAUAAUAAUAAUAUUAUAAUGAUAAUAAUAACUUUAUUUCUAUAGCACUUUUAAAAACAGAAGUUUACAAAGUGCUUUGACAAACAGUUGCAAAGCACAGAACAUCAACACAUGGAAAUAAAAACAAAUAAAAACAAAAGCUCAGUUAAAAACAAGGCCUCCGUAUUGAAAGCCAAUUUUAUUUGUCUUUAGAAACCCAGACAAUACAGGAAGCCUACAACAUAAAAUGAGACCAUGAGGACCAAAAUAAAAACAUGAAAUAGGUAAGAAAUGUAAUAAAAAAAGGGGGGUAGAAAGCAGGAAACUGGAUAGUAAAUAUAAAAAAAGAUAUUAAUAAUGAUAAUAAAAUCAGAAUAAAAAAAUAAUGAUGGUAAUAUUAAUGAUAAAAUGGAAUAACAAAAAUGAGCAGAAAAAAACAAUAAAAUCAAUCAAAGGGCUAAAAGGUAAAAUAAGAAAAGAUUAUAAGUGAAACAGAGGCUAAAAGGAUACUAAGUCGAAAUAAGAGGUAAAAGAAAAAAGGGAAAAGAUGGCAUCACAUAAAAGCGAGUCUGUAAAACUGCCUCUGCACGCCUUAUCUCUUUGUCAGGUCGUUCCAAAGUCGAGGAGCUCUGAUGGAGAAAGCUCUUUCACCUCUAGUUUUAGAUUAAACAAUAUAAGUAUGAACAAUUUCUGAUCAGCUUGUCUGCUGUGAUUGUUAGUUCCUCAGGCUAUCACAUCACCUAAGCAGAGGAUAUUGACAAAGCAAACCUGAAAACAUAAAGACUGAGUUUUUGUAGUGUUUUGACAAGUGUGGAGGAAAUCUCAUCAACAGUUUUUUACACACUAAGGAGUAUAAAAUCAUCCACUCCCUGUUUUUGCAGCUUUAUGUGACUGCAAUCAGGUAACAGCGUUUUUUUUCUAGUCUUCUGUCUGCAUGGUCAGAAAAUCUGAAAACCCGGGAGGAACCGGGGACAAAAAUAAAGUUUGCAUAAUAAAAAACCUUUAACCCCUGACAAGGCCACCAGAUACUACAAAUUGACAACACUAGAAUACCUUUCACCUCGAGCUCUGGGUGGAGGUACCUCCUCCCUAGUUGGCAAUAGUUUCUGACCAGUAAGGUACACACCCAACAACAAUAUGUGACCUGCCUUUUGAAUUGAACACACAGAGUCAUGAUAAUAGAGUCCCGAGUAGCUUUAUUUGGAGGAAAGUCAUUCUAUGUGUGUUUUUGUGUUCUUGAUGCAUGUCGUACAUUUAUUGUAUAUGAGUGUAGUCAUCAUUUGAAUGCAUGUGCAACUCAAAGUGUCAAGUGUGUUUUUUGAAAGGAAUAUUUUUGGCUGUAUUUGCUUGAAUGGUUAGAAAAUGAUGCAGCUAAGGGCCUGAGAUUGAAUUUGAGGCCAUGAUGUUCUGGUAGGACCUGUCUUUAGUACAUAGAGGGUUGUUUGACCAGAAAAACUACAGAGGUGUGCCGAGGAUAGAAAAAUUUCAAGUGUUUAACUUACUGGUGACACCCGACCCAGAUGGUCUGAUCUCUGUUCAUGACUAAUUGAGUAAAUAUUACACUCACUUUUCAAACACUCUUCACACCCAAUGUACAGAAAAGAAGAACCUUUUUUAUAGCUUUUACUCAAAUAAGAAAUGUUCAUUUGCAGGAUGAGAAGAAGAAGAAGAAGAAAAAGAAGAAAAAGGCAAAGAAAGAUGAGAAGAAAGAGUAUGUCUGGGAAAGCGUGGUCAUAUCCCAGGCUGGUAAGUCAAUCAGAUCUUUAAAAUUUCAUUUUUAUAAACUUUUCAUUCAACAUUUUUCCUUGUCUUCAAAGUUGUGAAUUAGUUCACAUCGGUGAUAGAUUUUUAUUUUGAUUAAUAUAGCAAUAAAAAAAUGAUGAAAAACAUGGAAACCUCAUGACUGUCCAAUCAAGCCAUGUUUAUCUGCUACAACAAUGAUAUAUAUGUAGGCUGACUAUUUGGCUCCCAAGAUGCCUCUCAGCUAAUAAUCCAUGUUGAUGUUUCUAUACAUUAAUCGCACAAUUGACACUUAUAUGCACUUUUUAUGUCAAAGGUCCUGAUGGCCAGAUGGAAGAGCAGACUGUAGAAAUUCAAAAGUUGAAAGAGGUAAGUGAGGAAUCCACCAGAGACUCCUUUGUAAACUUUGAUUUACCACCAACUUUUAUAUGAAACAUUUUCCUGUUUCUGCCUCAGGAUCCUUGCUCAUCAGACGAUGAGAAGAAGAAAAAGAAGAAGAAAGACAAAAAGAAGAAGAAAGAUAAAAAGAAGAAGAAGAAAAAGGUAUGCCACGCAUUUUCAACAUGAAGACUACAUCUUGAGUGCUUUGAAAGGCGCCUAUAAAUACAACGCAUUAUUAUUAUUACACAUCAGGAAACUUUAGAGCUAGACCUUUAUCACAUUAAUCUCUAAAUUAAAUCCAGAACUUUUGCAAGUCCAACUCCAGGCUAAGCAAAUUAAGUCCUUUAUAUAGACCCCACUGUCCUUUUCUCAUUCAACCCUCAACUCAUUUGCCUUGGCUGCACGCCACCCCCCACUCUCUUCCUCUUACAUAGCCUGUCUUUUAUCAGCUGUUCUAUCCAGUCAUCACCAAUAAACAGGUUUCUAACUGAUGGGAUAGUAUAAGUGCAUCCAGUGUCGGAUGUCAGCUCUGUCUGUGUCAUCUCUGUGUAAACAUAACUGAUCAAAAUAAUACAAUACAUUUUUAGAUUUGUAUGGCCUGAUCUCUCUUUCACAGGACUCCAGCUCUUCUUCAUCAGACAGCUCAUCCUCUUCAUCAUCUUCCUCUUCUUCUGACUCUGAUGAUGGCAAAAAGAAAAAGAAGAAGAAAAAGGAUAAAAAGAAGAAGAAGAAGAAAGACAAAAAAAAGGUGGGGGAUAUUGUGGACAUUUUCUUUUGAUAACUUUCCAAAGAAGCCAGCUGCUUUUGAAUAUAAAAAGUUUGUAGCCUCUAAAUGAGACUUAAAUUUGACAUGGAGUUUAACCCAGGAACCUGGACACAAGAGCUUAUUUUGAAUACUAAUUCCUUAUGUUAGUUUCAGUUGGUUCCAACGUUUGGAUUAAAAGAUAAUUUUUCAUGGCAUAUUUGCAUUAAAAGCAAAUUAUUAUUUUUUGCUUUUGCUAUAGUUAGAAUUUAAGAUAAAGACAUUUCUUUUCCUCAUCUUCAUCACCUGAAAGUGAUGUCCGUUCUUUCAGUUGUUCUAUCUGGUCAUCCCCAAUAUUGACUUUAUAACAGGUUUCAAACUGAUGGGACGUCUGCUCUAUCUGUGCCUCCUCUGUGUAAACAAAACUGAUAAAAAUUAAUACAAGUUUUUUUUUUAAUUUGAAUGGCCUGAUCGUUCCUUCACAGGACUCCAGCUCUUCUUCAUCAGACAGCUCAUCCUCUUCAUCAUCUUCAUCUUCUUCUGACUCUGAGGAUGACAAGAAGAAAAAGAAGAAGAAAAAGGAUAAAAAGAAGAAGAAAAAGAAAGACAAGAAAAAGGUGAGCCAACGUGGACAUAUUUUCUCUUGCUAACUUCCUAAAGAAGCCAGCUGCCUUUUACAUUUGAUAUGUAGUUUAUACCUUGAACCUGUAGAACACAUUUAAAAUACCAAUUCCUCCUGCUAGUUGUUGUUCAACUUUAAUUUAAGAUAAAGACAUUUCUUUUCCAUUGAUGUAGGAUUCCAGCUGUUCCUCCUCAUCUUCGUCAUCUUCAUCAUCUGAAAGUGAUGAUGAGAAAAAGAAAAAGAAGAAGAAAAAGGAUAAGAAGAAGAAGAAGAAAGAUGAUAAAGAAAAGGUCAUAUUCCCUUUCUUGUAUUCUUUUUUUUUUUUAAGAGUCUAUAGCCUCCAUAUAACCUUUUUUUGAAGGGGGGUGGGGGCAGAGUCACUAAAUGCAGGAAUCUUGAGUCAGGUCACAUCUGCCUUCUUUGUUUUCUGAAUAUGGGGUAUUCAAUAUUUAUUGGUAUAUGCACUAAACGUUAACAAUAUCCUGGUUAAUUGUAGAACUAUAAAGCACUAUACAUCCCCACCAUGGUAAAAGAGACAAUGAAUUUGCUCCAGUAGCUAAUGGGGCCUGUAAGGUCAUGUAAAAGUAAUAAAUGUUGAAAUAAAGACCCUGAAAUCUAACUCACCCAUUUUUUUAAACAACAUUAUUCCAAAUGUGUUUGAUUGUGGGGUGAAGAAAUGUGCUCAAAACAGAAUCUGUUGUAUAGAAGUAUUGACAUGUAUUGUGUUCAUUUCUGCACAGAUUUUACAGGGAACUAAGCAUUCGCAGUGUUUAAAACUGACCCAGACUUGGCAAUAUUUUUGAUUUUUCACAGGAUGAAACAAAGGAUGAGCUUAGUGCUGUGUCAGCGGCUGGUAAGCGGUUCCCCUUUGAAGUUAAGAGAAAAUUAUCUCUGCGUCCAAAUCCGUCCAUGGUACUGAUGUAUAAUGUGUUUUGUAGGAGUUAGUGCGGAUGGAGUUAAAAAGGAGGAAAAAGAUGCUGAUAAGGUGAAAUACUUUUACUCAUUGUAUACAUGCCCACAGAUACAAUAUAAUGAACACGUGCAUAGAAUGAUUACCUUGUUUUUACAAUGACAGGCCAAGAAAGCAUUACAAGCUACAGAAGAUGGGAAAGUCUCCUCUACGUUGCCUGGUAGGUGUUUCGCUGUGAUGCUUGAACAAUUGCAUUAUCUGUUUUGUGUUACUGAAAGAUUUAGUUUUGUUGUUGUAAUAUUUCUUUCUGUUUAACAGGAGAAAUGUCAGGAUAUCCUGAUGCUGCUGAGGAAGGUCAUCUGAGUGAUGAUGAAGGAGAAGGAGGGACAGAAGGAGUAAAAAAGAAGAAAAAGAUGACAAAGAAGAAAAAGGUAAUGAGAGCUGCAAACAUGCUGCCAGUAAUUGAAUGCAUUAAAAUAUAUAUAUAUAUAUCAUAAAUAUACCAACUUACCUGGUUAUAACUCAGCGUUAUCAAAGUGAACUAUUCCAUUUUACUCGUUCUCUUCCUCUCUUAAUUUUUUCUUUCUUCCUCGCUCUCUGACUUUCUACUCUCUUUCUCCACCUCACUCUUUUUAUUUGUCUGUCUCCAACAGGAUUGCAACUCUGCCUCUUCUUCAUCCUCUGAAAGUGAGGAUGAGGGUGAUAGUGACGACAAGAAAAAGAAAAAGAAGAAGAAGAAAAAAGUAAACAAAUUAGACCACUAUUUCAUUUUGAUAAAUGAACAGAAACAGUGGAUGUAAAAAUAUUUAGGUUGAUCUGUUUUUCUUUACCUUUGUACAGGACUCUAGUUCUUCUUCCUCUUCAUCCUCUUCAUCCUCCUCCUCUGAUGAAGAUGAAAAGAAAAAGAAGAAGAAGAAAAAGAAGAAGAAGACAAAAAAGAAGAAGAAGGUAGACUUGUUUAACACUAUUUCAUGUUUUGUUUUCACUUCUGAACUGAGUGGUCUUCAUUUAUUGAUCCUUUGCCUCUCCAUUUGUUUUUAAAAAAUAUGUGUGUUCACCUUCUAUCUAUCUAUCUAUCUAUCUAUCUAUCUAUCUAUCUAUCUAUCUAUCUAUCUCUUUUAUACAGGAUUCAAGUUCUUCUUCCUCUUCAUCCUCCUCUUCCGAUGAAGAUGAAAAGAAAAAGAAGAAGAAGAAGAAGAAGAAGAAGAAGACAAAAAAGAAGAAGAAGGUAGACUUGUUGAUUACUAUUUAAUGUUUCAUUUUCACUUCUGAAUGAUACUUUUUGAUUAGUGGUCUUUAUUUCUUGACUCUUUACCUUUGCCUUUGUUUGUUUUUUUUGUUUUUGUUUUUUUGUGUGUUUUUUUUUAUUUAUUUACAUUUUUUCAACUUCUAUAUAUCUAUUUAUCUAUCUAUCUGUCCGUCUGUACAGGAUUCAGGUUCUUCUUCCUCUUCAUCAUCCUCCUCCGAUGAAGAUGAAAAGAAAAAGAAGAAGAAGAAAAAGAAGAAGAAGACAAAAAAGAAGAAGAAGGUGGAGUUCUCAAUUACCCUUAAAUGUUUCGUUUUCACUUCUGAAUGAUACUUUUCGAUUAGUGGUCUUUAUUUCUUGACUCUUUACCCUCCCCUUUGUUUUUUUCUUUUUUUUCCUGCUUGUUUGUUUGUUUGUUUUUAAAUUUUUUCAACUUCUAUCUAUCUGUCUGUCUGUCUGUCUGUACAGGAUUCAAGUUCUUCUUCCUCAUCUUCAUCUUCUUCUGAAAGUAGUGAUGAUGACAAAAAGAAGAAGAAGAAGAAAAAGAAGAAGAAGGUAGUAAACUAAACAUGUAUUCAGUUUUUUAGUGCUGUAAUGAUUUCAUGUAUUGGUGGCUGAUUUCUACACAAGAACUUGCUUUUUGACGAACUUGCUGCUUUGUGUUCCAGGACGACAGCUCUUCUUCUAGCUCUUGCUCUAGUUCUUCCUCUUCUUCCUCUUCAUCUGAUAGUGAUGACGACAAGGUGAGAUUCCUUAACUAUCUUAAUCCUAAGUUAAUAGAGGUAAAUGCUUUGUGCUGAAUGUUAUUAUUAUUUUUUGUAGAAAAAGAAAAGCAAAAAGAAAAAGAAGGAUAAGAAGAAGAAGAAGAAAAAGGUAAAACAUCUCAUUCAUUUGUAUGCAUACCUGGAAUCUGAUUGAUUCAAGAGCAUGAAGUUGUGGAGUAUUUUGUAAUGUACAGUCUUAAAUUUUAUAGAUAAAGAAAAAUUUUAACAGUUUCAAAAAUGUUAAAAGACAAAAUGUUGCCAUGCAGAAACCCCUAAAUACUGAAUCACCUGAUGAGGGGGUGAAAGACAACUGUCUGUAUGAGACAUUUCACAGAAUAAAAAUGAUUGUGUCCUGUUGUCGCUACGCUUAGGAAAAUGGUGUUGCAAAAAGACUUGGAACUCUGCAGCAAGAAUUCUAACCCGCGCUAAUAGGAGGACUCACAUAUCCCCUAUUCUUGAAGCUCUACAUUGGCUGCCUAUGUUCUCUAGGAUCAAUUUUAAAAUUCUGGCCCUAACUUUUAGAGCCUUGCAUGGUCAGGCGCCAUCCUGUAUUUGUGAUCUGAUCCAGCCUUACACCCCCUCCUGGGCUCUGAGGUCCGUGGAUCAGAAUCUACUGAGGGUUCUGCGCACUCGUUUUCGAACCAGAGAAGAUCGAUCCUUCCAGACUUUGGAAUGAUCUUCCUCUGUCUCUGUGCUUAAUUGACUCUGUUGACUCUUUUAAAAGCCAACUCAAAACGUAUUUAUUUGCUCAGGCAUUUGUUUAAUUGUUUUGGGGCUACUAUGACUGUUUCAAUGUUGUUGUCUUGGCCUUUUAAUUUGUAUGUACAUCUUUUAUUUUGUCUAUGUGAAGCACUUUGUGACUCUUUUGUCUGUGAUAAGUGUGAAAGUUUACUUACUUACUUACUUACUGUUUUUGUUUGUUUGUUUGUUUGUUUGUUUGUUUUUUGUUUAGGAGUCUUCUUCUUCUUCCGACUCCUCUAGCGAUUCUUCUAGUGAUGGCAAAAAGAAGAAGAAAAAGGACAAGAAGAAAAAGAAAAAGAAAGACAAGAAAAAGGUAAACAGAUGUGUUGUAUUUUUAGCACAGCCUCCUAAAAUCUGACAUUGUUUAUAACAACUGCAGCAGUACAACACAUUUACCCAAGAUAUAUAUUUAAUUUAAGGACUCAGAUUCCUCGGGUAGUGAUGAUGAUAAGAAGAAGAAGAAGAAAAAGAAGAAGGACAAAAAGAAGAAAAAGAAGAAGGUAAUGAGUUAAAGUCUAGAGGAACACACUUAUGCUACUUUUUGGUUUAAAUAAAUAAACAAUGCCAUAAAUGAAUAAUGAUGACACAGAGUUUGUUUGGUCUUUGUUCAGGACUCAGGCUCUAGUUCUUCCAGUUCAUCUGAUAGUUCCAGCGAUACUGACAAGGGAGAGAUAAAGGAAAAAAAAGCCAAGAAGGAGGAUAAAAAGGUUAGUUUCUCAGUAAAGGUAAAAUAACAGCAGAUUAUGAGUCUGGUCAAGGAUACAUGACUAUUUUUUCCUUUGUUUGUGGCCCUUAGUGUCCGGAAUCAUCAGAAAACCAAACCAACAAGGAUAAAACAACUGUAAGUUUAUUCUCAUGAUAAUAAUAUUAACGUGUAAGAGAAUACUUGUGACUCCAAGGCUUAUUACGUUAAAGUUCAAAUGCUAUUUUCUUCAGCUAAGGGAACCACUGUAAUGACCUGCCAUCAGUUUAAUGUUUGCAGAGUUUCUUUUCGUUCAUGUAUUCUUCAUGUGGAGUGAUGUUGUCAUUCUAGGACAGCCCUGAUGCUGGUAAAAGUAGUGAACCUAAGACGGAGACCUCUGGCUCAGACGGUAGAAGACUUUUGGCUCCAGGUGGCAGCACCUCUAAGCCUGGGACUGUUGUCUCUUAUGCAUCCCUCCCCUCCAAACCAACUGUGAGGCUGGAUCCUAUGAGUACUCCAGCUGCUCCAGUGCCCACUGUCUCCAGCUCCACUUUGAGAAGUGGUCCAGUACCCACUGCCUCCAGCUCCACUGUGAGAACUGGUCCAGUACCCUCUGCCUACAGCUCUACUUUGAGUACUGGUCCAGUAUCCACUCCCUACAGCUCUACUUUGAGUACUGGUCCAGUACCCACUGCCUCAGGCUCCACUUUGAGUACUGGUCCAGUAUCCACUCCCUACAGCUCUACUUUGAGUACUGGUCCAGUAUCCACUCCCUACAGCUCUACUUUGAGUACUGGUCCAGUACCCACUGCCUCCGGCUCCACUGUGAGUACUGGUCCAGUACCCAGUGCCUCCGGCUCCACUGUGAGUAUUGCAGAUAGGGGCGCAGGUCGUAGACCUCCCAGCCCCAUGGAGUCGUUGAUGGGGAGUCCAAGAAGGGUUGGAGAUGGAGGGACCCGUUCCACCACCACCUCUCACCUCACCUCAAUGGACCUACUGAGAGGCCCAAGGCCCUACCAAUAAAUUGAUGCCAUGAUCAAAAUUUGACCUUAUUAUGAAAUGGCUUUGCUCCCAUGAUAUGGUUGAACGUUGUAUGUUGUGAUGCUCUGACAAGAUCAAAUAAACAAAAACGACUCACACAUAACAAA